ACCAGCGGCAUCCUCUCAGUCUCAAAGGUCACACAGCAGAGUAAGCUGGCAGCUUUAGCCACAACACAGGAGACAGACAGCUCAUGCCGAGAACACCCACUAUGGAUGAUACUAAUGAGAUCACCAUUAACCUUCUUCUCCUUGGAAGGACCAAGAGUGGCAAGAGUUCGCUUGGGAACAGCUUGCUUGGCAGUUGCGAAUUUGAAAGCCAGUUUUUCCCACAAUCAGUGACCAGCGAAUGUCAGCUCUGCACAGCCUGUAUACCUCAGUUUGGUCGCCGAAUGGGUAAAGAUCUGUCCCUGAGACUGCGAGUAUUAGAUACACCAGGCUUUCCUCACAGCAGCCUGAGCAUGGGGGAAGUAAAGCAAAGAGUGAGAAAGACCCUGGCAGAGCAAUUUUCAGAAGGGUUACAUAUGGCCCUACUCAUCUUAAGGGCUGACGUCCCAUUCUGUGAAGAGGAAAACCAGUACACUGUCAAAUUAGCAGAGGAUCUCCUGGGUUCCAAGUGGAAGUAUUUCACGGCUGUCAUAUUCACACAUGGAGACAAGUUACAAGAAGCCAGGAUUACGCAAGAGGAAUACAUUAUUUCAUCGCCAAAAUCUCUGUCCUCCCUUUUAGCAACCCUUCACAAUCGCUACAUUUUUAGAGAACCUCAAGAUAAAACACUACGUCAGGAGCGAGAAAUAUUAUCAAAUCAAAUCUUGCACUAUGUGCGGCAGAACAGUUACCAAAGGCUGGAGUGCACAUAACAUUUCAUCCAGGAACUUUCUGGAGCAGCCUACACAGACUCUGAAUUAUGUAUUAUGCUGGAAUGAACGGAUACUGUAAAAGAAUGGCCUAAGAAAAAACUAGAAAUAGUAUAAAAAUGAUUAAUAAUAAUGAAUAAACAUCGAAAAUGCUUAUUUGCGU